CAGCUGUGUUUGUGUUCAGUCAAUCACUAUUCGAUUAACCAACCUUGAACAAUCUUUCCAGCAGGCAUGACGUGUCGAUAGCAGAGUGAAAGCUACAGAUUGUUUGUCAACACCAUUCAACACGCAUUUUAGGAAAGCCGAUGUAGUUAGUAACUUCCUAACUCUCAAAUGUACGCAUUUAAGCGAAAAUAAGCCUUGGCGAGUGUAACUUUUCUAACCACCAACAUCCCCUCAGAAACAGACUACUACGUUAUUCUCUUACUGAGCACGGAAAUAUAAACGCCAGACGCAUGGUUGCGGGCUCUACACACAUGGAGCCCCCCUCCAAACCCGGUGCGAACCAGGUGGCCGACGUGGUCUUUGUAAUAGAGGGAACGGCGAAUCUAGGACCAUACUUUGAGUCCCUGAGGAAGAAUUAUAUCUUACCUGCCAUUGAGUAUUUCAAUGGUGGUCCACCAGCUGAGACAGACUUUGGAGGGGAUUAUGGUGGAACACAGUAUGGACUUGUGGUGUUCAAUACAGUGGACUGUGCCCCGGAGUCCUACGUCCAGUGUCAUGCUCCCACCAGCUCAGCCUUUGAGUUUGUCUCCUGGAUCGACAGCAUUCAGUUCAUGGGUGGAGGUGCGGAGAGCUGCAGUCUCAUCGCCGAGGGCCUCUCUGUGGCCCUGCAGCUCUUUGACGACUUCAAGAAGAUGAGAGAACAGAUCAAGGACAAGGAGCCGCUAGGCAUUGGGCCAACCCAUAAGGUGUGUGUGCUUCUCUGUAAUUCUCCGCCGUACUUGUUGCCUGCUGUGGAGAGUGUCAGCUACACUGGCUGCACCGCUGACAACCUGGUCCAGAUCAUCAGAGAUAAAGGAAUCCAUUUCUCAGUGGUGGCACCACGGAAGCUUCCGGCGCUGAGGGCACUCUUUGAGCGAGCGUCACCAGUGACCGGACCUCCAGAGUCGUCACUGCCUGAUUACUGCCAGGACCCCUUCCACAUGGUGCUGGUGCGAGGCAUAGUGCUGCCAGUAGCUGCUGGAAGCAGUGCUGGGGCCGUAUCCCUCAAGCCAGUUUUACCCCCUCAGCCUAUGGCUGGAAAUCAGCCUCCUAUUGGUGCAACCUCCCAGGCUGCCCAACAAAUCAACCCAAAUCAUCCAUACCAGGCACCUCCCUCACUCAAUGCUGCCGCCGCCGCAGCCGCCAUGGCUGUAGAGGCUGCCAAUAACCAGAAGAACCGUUUCCCUGCGAUGAUGAACACGGUUCCCCCCUUCGGCAAUCAGCCCACGCUUCCUUCAGUGGGCGGAGUCAAACUGCCCCCCUCCAGCCAGCCCAGCUUGGCCACGGUCACCACCGUCUCCACGCCUCUGAUGCCCCAGCAACAGGUCCCACCUCCGCAACAACAACAGCCGCAGGUCCCACCCCCUGGGCAGCCCGUGCCCAAUCAGCAGCCCCAGCCAGUUCCCCAACAGCAGCCAGGGCCCAAUCAGCAGACUCCUCCUUCCUCACAGCCUGGCAUGGUAGGAGCCAUGAGCAUGGCGGGUGUGGCUGCAGCUCAGGUUGGCGCCAGCACCAUUGGCCAAGCGCAAGGAGCCAAUAAGAUUGUUGCAUGGAGCGGGGUGCUGGAGUGGCAAGAGAAGCCGAAGGCCUCCAUGGACUCCAAUACUAAGCUCACACGCUCCCUGCCCUGCCAGGUGCAAGUCAACCAGGGGGAAAACCUAAACACUGACCAGUGGCCACAGAAGCUGAUCAUGCAGCUCAUCCCACAGCAGCUACUGACAACGCUGGGGCCACUGUUCAGAAACUCACGUAUGGUGCAGUUUCUGUUCACCAACAAAGAUGUGGAGUCACUGAAAGGCCUCUAUCGCAUUAUGGUCAAUGGCUUUGCGGGCUGUGUGCAUUUCCCCCACAGCGCUCCAUGUGAGGUUCGGGUCCUGAUGCUGCUCUACUCUUCUAAGAAGCGCAUCUUCAUGGGCCUCAUCCCCAACGACCAGAGUGGCUUCGUCAAUGGCAUCCGCCAGGUCAUCACUAACCACAAGAACCACCAGCAGCAACAGCAGCAAAGAGUGGGUUUAAAUCCAGCGGCACAGAUGCAGCAGGGCCAGGUGCCGCCCAAUCAGAACUUCCUCAACCGUGCACCUGGUGCUCUCCAGGGUGCCCACGGCAACGUACAACAGCAGUCUGUGGUGGUGGGCAUGCCGCCUGUUAGUCAGGUCACUAUGAUGGAGGACCAGCAGAGACAGAAUACCAUGCUGACAAUGCGAGCCGCGGCCACAGCCAAUCAGCAACCCCCAGUCAGCGGCGCCCCGCCCAACCAGGUGGCUCAGGGACAACCCCAGCCGGGCGCCAUGCUCCGCCUCCCCAACCCAGGAGCCAAUCCACAGCUUCGGAGCCUCCUCCUGAGCCAACAACAGCCGCCUGGAGUGGGUCACAUGCAGGGCAUGCUCCCGGGGCUGUCAGGCCUGGGCCAGCAGAUGGUCCACCCCACACCAGGAGGGGGCGCUCCCAUGCAGGCCCAGUGGAGGCAGCAGCUCCCAGGUCAGAUGUUGAUGACGGCAGGACCUCGUGGACCUGUCUCGCAAGGUCCUGGCAUACCACCAGUGUCUGGUGUCAUGGAUGAGGAGAUUCUUAUGGACCUUAUCUAAAGCAGAGACAUUAUGGACUUCAAUGCCCAUCAGGCCUUUUUUAUAUAGUUUUCUUAUUUCCUUUUCUUUUUAAAAAAAAAAAAUCAAUCAAAUCAAUGUGUUUUUGCUCCCUUCAUGGGAAAAGACUUUCUCUCACACAUGUACUGUUUCAUAGUGCUUGCUUCAAUGAUGAGCUUGGGACAUUAAGAGCCAUCAUGAAAACGACUAGUCAUCUUCAGAAUAUCAUCUGCCAGUGCACAGUGUUUCGAUGACUUUCCACAUCAGACCAUAUACGGUGUAAACUCUAGGUUUAAUAAAGUCAAUCCACCGAGA